AUUGGUCACGUUUAACGCUCUUCUUAGUGACUUAGCAUAAGGUGCAGAAAAUUUAAUUAAAAGGGCAGCUGACAAGUUGGUUAUAGUUUGGUUACAAUGUUUCGACUACAUAAACGAUCGUUAGAAAAUCUGAAAGUGCAAUUAUCAAAAUCGAAAGGAAUUCUGAGCAGCCUUGGUUCUAGUUUAUCGCAGCGGAAUUUGUCUUCUGGAACGAAACUACCGGAGAGUGCUGAUGUCGUAAUAAUUGGUGGAGGUUCUGCCGGGUGCAAUACAUUGUACCAGUUGACGCAACGAGGUAUACGAGCGGUUUUGCUGGAGAAAGCCAAGCUAACUGCUGGUACAACCUGGCAUACCUCAGGAUUAGUGUGGAGUUUGCGUCCCAAUGAUGUAGAAAUCAAUUUAUUGGCAUCUACACGAAAUCUCCUGAUGACCUUAGAAGAAAUAUCUGGACAUAAUUCUGGAUGGAUUAACAAUGGAGGAUUGUUUAUUUCACACUCCGAAGAAAGACUUCAAGAGUAUAAGCGUUUAUCAACGCUUGGAAAAUGUUUCGGAGUUGAAAGUCAAAUAUUGACCCCCGAUGAAGCGCAGAAACUAUUUCCAGCUUUAGACACAGCAGCAUUUACCGGUGCAUUGUAUUCGCCUGCCGAUGGGGUAGUAGAUCCUGCCAUGAUGUGCACCGCCCUGACAAGGGCAGCAACCGCAAACGGUGGAGUAAUAGUAGAAGAUUGCCUAGCCAGCAAGAUUGUGACAGGGGAAAAUCUUUUCGGUAUAAAAGAUGUCAGGGGCGUUGAAACCAACAAAGGCAUAAUACGUACUAAUACAAUUGUUAACGCCACCGGCGUUUGGGGCAAGGAUUUAAUUGAACCUCUCGGGGUUUAUUUGCCUUUGAUUCCUAUGAAACAUGCCUACGUCAUUUCUGAGACAAUGGACAACAUCCAUCAACAAAUACCUAAUAUUCGUGAUCACGACUAUUCCAUAUAUUUCCGCAUUCAGGGAAAAUCAAUUUCUAUGGGUGGUUACGAAAACAAUCCGGUCUUACUGGAUAAGGUCCCAACUGAUUUCCACUUCGGCCUGUACGAUCUAGAUUUUACCAUUUUUGAUACCCAUAUACAAGGAGCGGUCAAGCUUUGCCCGGAUUUCGGUAAAGCAGGAAUUAAGAGUACCGUUUGUGGGCCUGAAUCGUUUACUCCUGAUCACAAACCGCUGAUGGGACCAGACCCGAUCGUUAACGGGUUGUUCCAUAAUUGUGGAUAUAACUCGGCCGGUAUGAUGUUAGGAGCUGGAUGUGCUGAACAGCUAGCGCAGUGGAUUAUAAAUGAUAGGCCCGAUUUGCACAUGUUCGCCUACGAUGUUCGACGUUUCAGUCCCAAGCAGAGGAAAGCGCUUAAUUGGGCGACGGAAAGGAGCCAUGAAGCUUACGCAAAGAAUUACAGCAUUGUCUUUCCUUAUGAUCAACCACUUGCCGGUAGAAAUUUCACAGUUGAUCCGUUCCAUAAGCAAAUGAUUCAGUAUGGUGCUGUGAUGGAAGAAAAGCACGGUUGGGAGAGACCUGGUUACUUCCUUUCCGAAGAUACAGUAGUUGUACAACCGUACGAUUGGUACGGAUAUUAUGAUUACCCGAAGAAUACCAACACGAACUACGAGGAGACAUUGAAAAAAGAUUACACAUUUGGUUUUCCCCAGCAUCACGAUUUGAUUGGUGAGGAAGCUCUCACCUGUCGCAAUGAUGCGACCCUCUUCAACCUGAGCUACUUCUGCAAACUUUUCCUUACCGGUAGCCAAGCAAAAGAAGCUGCUGAGUGGAUCUUUACAGCAGAUUUGAACAAACCUGUCAAUAAGACUAUAUACACUUGCGCUUUAAAUAAACGCGGGGGUGUUGAGUCAGAUGUUACGGUCAGCAUUGUCGAGUCAGGACAAGGAGAACUUCACGAUCCUAUUUUCAAAGGUCGUGGAUAUUACAUCGUGGCCGGGGGAGCUUCUGCGUACCACACCAAGUCACACAUUUGGGCAGCUAUCCAGGAUAAAGCGCUGAGAGCAGUUGUUUCCGAUCACACCGAUGAGCUUGGAGUUCUUUCUAUACAAGGACCAAAAAGUCGUGAAAUUUUACAGAAAAUUACAGACUUUGAUCUAAGUGACAAUGAGCGAUUGCCACCGAACUCCAACGCAGUGUUAAGCAUAAAAAUCAAUCCGUUCUACUCAUGCAGUGUUAGAGUUUUGCGGGUUAGUUUCGUUGGAGAACUCGGCUAUGAGCUCCAUAUUCCCGCAGAAAACUGCAAUGACGUGUAUAACGCGUUGAUGAAGGCCGGCUAUAAAGAUGGAUUGCGAAAUGCGGGUUUUCGUGCACUAUAUUCCCUUAGCAGCGAAAAAGGUUACCACCUGUGGGGAAAUGAUCUACGCUCGGACGAUACACCAGUCGAGGCAAAUCUUGAAUUCACAUGCCGGAAACGUGGUGAUUACCAAGGUCGGGUGGUCGUCGAUAGGCAGUUGCAGAAUGGUGUCAACAGAAAGCUGGCAUUUUUCACCCUCAACGAACAGGUUCCGAUUUGGGGAUUAGAAGCUGUUUACCGGAACGGUGAAGUGAUAAGCCAUCUGCGAAGAGGUGAGUACGCCUAUACAUUACAUAAACCGAUCGGCCAAGCAUAUAUAACAAGAAAGGAUGGAGAUUUUGUAACAAAUGAGUACAUCAAAAGCGGCCGAUACCAGAUCGAGGUUAUGGGCAAACUGUACAACGCGGAGUGCCACCUCAGAAGUCCAUUUGACCCGAAGGGCGAACGGAUACUAGGCAUUUAUAAAUAAAUUUUA